AUGGAGUCCCUCAAGCAAGGUGCCAACUACGUCUCCGAGACUGUCCAGCAAGCCACCAGCGGCACCUCCAAGGAAGCCAACAAGGAGGUUGCUAAGGAUUCCAACGCCUCCAUGGGCACUCGUGCCUCCGCCGCCAAGGACGCUCUUGGUGACAAGGCCCAAGAGACUAAGCACGACGGCAAGGCCGAGGCCCACAAGCAGCAGAUCUAG